GGAGGGGAGCUGGAGAAACCACCCUCCCCCUUCCCGCCAGAUCCGUCCGUGGAGAGCAUCCCUGCGAGUUAUCGGUUCGCUCGUCCAAAGGAUCGGACACCGGGGAAUUACCCUUGGGCUGCGUGCGGGAGAAGCGCCGGUGCGAGGGACUGUCCCGGUGCUCGUCCCCAUCGAGAAGGGAGCCGCGUAGUGAGACCGAUCACUUCCUGGUACGACAGCAGCUGAAUGUGCAUCAAACUUGAAGAAGAUUUAUACAGUUCAAACAGUGCAGGAUUUUUGGAGUGUCUACAACAACAUUCCUCCUGUGACAAAUUUGCCUCUGAGAUGUAGUUACCAUUUAAUGCGGGGAGAAAGACGCCCACUCUGGGAAGAAGAAAGCAAUGCCAAAGGAGGUAUAUGGAAAAUGAAAGUCCCUAAAGAAAGUACGGCUGCAGUUUGGAAAGAGCUACUGCUGGCAACUAUUGGAGAGCAGUUUACAGAUUGUUGCGCAGCAGAAGAUGAAGUAAUAGGGGUUAGUGUCAGCGUUCGGGACCGUGAAGAUGUUGUGCAAGUCUGGAACGUGAAUGCCUCUUCAGCAAGUGAAGCAAAGGUUCUAGAAAAGAUUCAUGAACUUCUGCCACACACAUCUUUUAAAGCCGUCUUCUAUAAACCCCACAGAGAGCAUCGUGCUUUCGAAGGCUGACACGGAAAGCAUUAAGUGCAGUGUGUGCCAGGCUCAUUUGCUGUUCUUUGGUGCUUUGAGGUGGUCUGGACCAGGAGGAGGAUGGUGCAAGCCCUGCAGAAGAGCUACAGGCAGUUGGUCCCUCUGAGUUUCUGACAUUUCAAGCUGGGCUGUUGCUGUUGAAAAUGAAGAAAAGC